CUCACACACUCAGCAGCAGCAGCAGAUGUGUGUCAUUUACUUCUCUUCACCAUCUCCAGCAGCAGAAGAUCAUCUGGAGCUCAAAGAGAGCAGAUCUUCAUGACCAAAGUCAAGAUGUCGUGGCACUCCAUGUACAGGAGCUCCAAGUUCCGGCACGUUUAUGGAAAAGCGGGAAGCAGGGAACAGUGUUACGAGGGAAUUCCCAUCACUCACAGCGUCCAUGACAACCACUUCUGUGCCGUUAACCCCAAAUUCCUGGCCGUGGUCACCGAGAGCGCGGGAGGAGGAGCGUUCCUCGUUAUCCCACUUCAUAAGCCGGGGAGAAUAGACCCUCAUCACCCAAAGGUGUGCGGUCACCAGGGCAGCGUGAUGGACAUCAAGUGGAGUCCGUUCAUGGACAACAUCAUCGCGUCCAGCUCCGAGGACUGUACGGUGAGAAUCUGGCAGAUUCCUGACGGCGGUCUGAGGAGGAACAUGACCGAGGCUCUGAUGAUCCUGAUUGGUCACAGCCGUAGGGCGGGGCUUAUCGAGUGGCAUCCCACCUGCAGCGGCAUCCUGCUGAGCGCCGGAUACGACUGCAAGAUUGUGAUCUGGAACCUGGAGGAGGGCGUGGCUGUGAAGAUGAUUGACAGCCAUCCAGACGUCAUCCUCUGUAUGUCCUUCAACACUGAUGGAAGUUUACUGGCCACUAGCUGUAAGGAUAAAAAACUGAGGAUUAUUGAUCCACGUUCAGGGAAAGUUCUUCAGGAAGCAGACUGUAAAAGCUCCCGAGUGAACCGCGUGGUGUUUCUGGGUAAUCUGAAGCUCGUCCUCACCACAGGCGUCUCCAGUUGGAACACUAGACAGAUUGCAUUGUGGGAUCAGGAGGAUCUGUGCGCUCCCAUCACAGAGGAGGAGAUCGACGGUCUGGCCGGAGUCCUCUUCCCCUUCUAUGAUGCUGACACACACAUGCUUUAUCUGGCCGGGAAGGGAGACGGGAACAUCAGGUAUUACGAGGUGAGUGCUGAGAAACCCUUCCUGCAGUUCCUGAUGGAGUUCAGAUCGCCGGCUCCGCAGAAGGGUCUGGGUGUGAUGGCCAAACGCGGCGUGGAUGUGAGCGAGUGUGAGAUCUUCAGGUUUUAUAAGCUGGUGACUCUGAAAGGUCUGGUGGAGCCCAUCUCCAUGAUCGUCCCGCGCAGGUCUGAGACGUAUCAGGAGGAUAUUUUCCCGAUGACGGCGGGCACAGAAUCAGCUCUGUCUGCUGCCGAGUGGCUCAGAGGGAUUGACAGAGGGCCACUGCUGAUUUCUCUUAAAGAAGCUUAUAAACGUCCAAAUCCAGCGGGUCUCAGAGCGUCUGAACGGGACAGACGGACGGUGAAGGGCAUCGACCUACUGGAGAACAUCACACCAAACACUGACAAAGAGCUCCUGAAGAUGGUCUUCAAGCAGCAGGAUGAAAUUAGGAAACUCAAAGAUGAACUGGGAGAAAAAGACGAGAGAAUCCGACAACUGGAGCUAGAGCUCAGGAACCUGAGAAACACGUGACGAGCAGAACAGAGCUGCCUGUUCAUGCUGUUAAGAUUACACUGAAAAUAAAAAUAGUUUUAUGAUUUUUAUGGAAUUGAAUAACAUUAUUGAAGAUGGAUGUACAUUAUUACGGCUGGCAAUUGCGGUUUUAAAGGAACAGUUCACCAGAAAAUGAAAAUUUAUGCAUUAUUUACCCCCCCCCCCCAUGUUUGUCAAACCCCUAUGCUGAUAUUUUUCAUUAUAAUGACAGCUGAUAUCUUGAAGCUUUGCAGUGUUAUUUAGCAUGUAUGCUCAUUAUCUUUAAAACAGAAGCUAAACAUUUUCCAUAGUUAGACAUACAGGUCUAUGAUGACAUAUUGGUGAGUAACUGAUGCAUUUUCAUGUUUUUAUGAACUCAUUCUUUAAGAUACAGAUGUGCAAAUGAAGUCUUGAUGUUUACAAGUUCAAACCGAUGCCUCUUCACGUGUAGAGGAAGCGUAUGAAGUUCUUCAGGCUGUUCAGUAGAUGGCGCUAGAGGAGAGCGAAACUCACCUCAAAGUCUUAGUCUGCUCUGUAUAUACAAGAGAUCUUGAAAUGUUCACUCUACGAAUAAAAUAUUUCUCAAA